GCUUCGUAUGUUAUGGUUAAGGUGGAAAGUGAAACGAGUAGUAACUUUUUGAUAUUUUAUGGCCUCGUUUGGAAAAACUAAUUGUAGUAGGUAAUUUUCCAUAGUAAUAUGAUUUAAUCCUUAUAGUAUCUAUUUUCCUAAAGGAUUUUCGAGUAUUUCAAAGUAAUAAGAUAAAAUAUUAUGAGGGAUUGCCGAAAUGUUGGCAUUGUAGUGAUUGAGCAGUAGUUGGCAGUCGAGGUUGACACUAAAAAAUGAAUAGCCACAGUUUUACUUUAGCUGAGCGACUCAUCCCAGCAACCUACCUGCAACAGGCUGCAGCAGCAAAGAAAACUCGAGAGAGUCUCAUACGACAGCUUAUAGAACAGAGAAAAUGGCCAGAAGAAGGUUGGGAUGACACUACAAUUGAACUAUUUCUUGCUGAUCUGGCGCAAAUGGACAGCAAUAACUUUCCUGGAAACUGUGGUAUAGGUGAAAGAGAAGCAAGAAUUGCAUCUGCCCUGGUUGCGCGACGUCACUAUAGGCUUGGACACGGAAUUGGCCGAUCAGGAGAUCUGGGGGAGGUACAGCCAAAAGCAGCUGGCUCUAGUCUCAUGAACAAACUCACAAAUUCUUUGGUGCUUGAUGUCAUUCGCUUCAUGGGUGUGAAGACAUCUGCGGGAUGCUUUGUUGUACCUAUGGCCACAGGAAUGAGCUUGGUGCUUUGUAUGUUAACUCUCAAACAGGAGCGGCCAGAAGCAAAGUUUGUGUUGUGGUCCAGGAUUGACCAGAAAGCAUGUUUCAAAUGUAUUAUUACUGCAGGUCUUCAGCCAAUCAUCAUUGAAACCAGUCCAUGUGGGGAUGAGCUUCGGACAGACCUCACAGCAAUGGAACACCAAAUGGCAACACUGGGUGCUGAGAAUAUAGCCUGUGUUCUUACCACUACAAGCUGCUUUGCUCCCAGAGCUAGUGAUUCUGUGGAGCAAGUAGCAGUUCUCUGUAGUCGGUACAACAUCCCUCAUAUUAUCAAUAAUGCAUAUGGACUCCAGAGCUCUCGGUGUAUGCAUCUUAUACAGGAGGCUGCCAGGAAAGGAAGAGUAGAUGCCUUCGUACAGAGUACAGAUAAGAAUUUUCUAGUACCUGUGGGAGGUGCAAUUAUUGCUGGUUUUGACAAAGGUCUUGUGGAACGAAUAUCUAGGAUGUAUCCUGGUCGAGCUUCAUCCAGUCCAGCUAUGGAUGUUUUUAUAACACUUCUCUCACUUGGUGUGAAUGGCUACAAAAAUCUCAUCACGCAGCGGAAAGAGAUGUACACCUACCUCAAGGAGGAGCUCACCAAAGUUGCCCUUAAACAUGGGGAAAGACUUCUAGAAACAAAGAAUAAUCCAAUAUCAUUGGGCAUGACACUUACUUCUCUAGCUGGCUCUGACAGCAAAACAGUGACUAUGCUUGGCUCAAUGCUGUUUCUGCGUUGUGUUUCUGGAACACGAGUGGUCACUGGAGCAGAUCUUAAAGAAGUAGCAGGAUAUAAAUUUGAAGGCUGGGGCGCUCAUAACAGUAACUACCCUGUGCCAUACCUCACGGCAGCAGCUGCUCUAGGAAUGCGAAAAUCAGAUGUUGAUUUGUUUUCACAUCGUCUGGAUAAGGUGUUGAGCAAGUUGAAGGGACGUAGUGCCCCUCCCACACCUACCUCAGUGGAGGAGCUGGCAGUUAUGCGGCGAGUGAUGAGAGGUGGCGGUGGAGGUGGCUCCAGCACUCUUAAUGGUGAGGGUGGAAGUGGCAGUGGCAGUGGUGGAGAGCAACACAGCCAGAGCAGUACCAGCACCUCACUCGCCAGCAGCAAGGACAGUCUGCGUAAGUGAUAGCAAGGCUGGACCCAUACUCUACAGACCCCAGUGGGCAGGUGAAAUAUGGCUAGAAUAUAUGUUGGCAGGGAAAUGUAGACUCUGGUAAUUUACUGAAAUAUGUGAACUGUUACUCUGCUCAGUUUGCACUUAGUAACAUCGCACGUUUUCAUAUAUUGACUACUUUAAAAACACCCAUUCCUGACAAAAGGUGGUUGGAAUAAAGUAACUAUCAGCACAUUCUCAUCAAAUGUCUGGAAUCUCAGAGUAUAAUCAUAUUUGUAACAGUAUUCCCACCUUAACAUAUUGUCCUUGAAGAAAGAGUUCUGCAGCAACUGUGUGAUGAUCAUUUCUGGCCUCCACAUUGCAAUGUAGAGGGCCAGAGAGAGAGAAUAUUAAAGAGUCUACAUUUUUGCAAACUGCUCAUAUUACAAUAUUACAAACUGUAUUCUUCCCAUAAUACACUCUUGCUUUGUCUGGGGCAGAAACUAAUCAAAACCUUCAUGCCCUAUAUUCAUCUUGCACUCCCAUGCAAGAAACACUGUGCUUAAAUUCUUCUCCUCCCCCACCCCCCAAACACACACACACACACACACGCACACACAUGUGUACGCACAAAGUAACAGCACCGACAUACUGAAAACAAAUAUAUUACUGGGAUUAUCUUAAGCAUGUAUGGGUACUGUGCUUUGUGCAUACUGGAUAUGGAAACAUUUACAAGGGUACUGCAUUUUCAAAUUGUACCCAAAAAGUCUUAGGUUAACAACUUUUCUGUGGUGCCUGGUGGUCACAUCACAAGAACUGACUGCACUCAUGGAAUUUAUCUUACGUCUAUUUCAUGAUGCAACUGACUUUUAAAUUGUUUUUAUCAUAAUGUACAAAUACCAAUUACUGUUAGACAUCAGAAACUCAUGUCAUCACAAGGAAAACAUUUUCUGUUAUGAUCUAGGUAACCUCUUGUUAUUGCUCGUAUGGAAUGAUUCUGAACUCGUAUUGAGCUUGCUGGUUGCACUCAUCCGAAGGUGGGCUGCCGCUUGCUGGUAGAAGUAGGUAGCAGGAAGACAUACUGUAUUAUGUAGAAUCACAUGUUCCAACUUUUUGGAACAUGUAAGUGAACAGUGACAUUUCUGAAAUUGCAGUUACCUUUUCAAAAAUUGUUUUGUUUGUACAUUAAGCCUUUCCUAUUAUUUUUAUUUGUGACCUCACUCCUGCCAGAUACAAAUUAAUUUGUGUGAAUGUUUGGAAAGAGAGACUUUGCUGUUGGAAAAUAUAGUGCUCCUGCUGUCUGUUGUUCCUAUGUACAAACACUCUAAAAGAUAAUAUUAUACUGCAGCAUGCUGUUGCACCAUGUAUUCUAAAUUAGCAUUAAAAUUCACACUUCAAAAGCAUUUGUCUCUUCCUGUUAUUCAAACACUACAUGUUUCAGCCCAACUGGCCAUCAUCGGAUGUAGAGGAAACUGCUGCUCCUUUGUCAUGCUGCUACACUUAGCAUAUUAAUGGUGUAAAAUACUUAUACAAUUUUUUAAAAUAUUGUGCCAUGAUUAUUUUGUUGUAUGCAUGUGUUGUGGGCCUGGUGUAUUUGUAAAGUAUAAUGAUGAGCUAUAUUAGUGUUUUGUUUAUGAAGUGAAUUAUUUUAUGUUAUAUGCUGUUAUUCUGUCACUGUAGUUGUAAUGUUUUAAUACAUCGAUGAAUUUGUACAGGGAUGAUGAGAAGCGUUAGUACUUUUAAGAGAUGUCAGAGAAUCUUUAUGGUAUGCAUUUAGUUGUAUUUCAUACAGUAGAAUUAAUAGGGCCAUGUACACUACAAUAAUAUCCACAAACAAAACCAAAUUGAUAUUACUGUAUCAACAUUCAUUUAUUGGGCAAAGGUGUUUUGCUACAUGUUUCAACCUUCACCACGUCAUCAUCAGGCAAAUUUAUAAGAAUUCAAUCUUAGUUCUUGAAUUGAAUUGAAUUGAUUGAAUUCUUCUAAAUUCAACUGAUGAUGACCUUUUGAAGGUCAAAAUCUGUAGUGAGACACCUUUGCCCAGUAAAUGAAUAUUGAUACAGUAGUAUCAAUUUGUUUUUUUUGUGGAUAUUGUUGUGUAGAUGACCCUAUUAAUGCUAAUGUCAAAGAAUGUAAAGAGUGAAGGUGUAACUCUGAGUACGUGUUUUAAUAUGGCAGUAAAUUUGUAGGUGGUGUUGGAAGGCUUCUGGCAUUGUUCUUGUGUGGGAAAAUUACAAUGUGAGGAGCCUUCCAACAGAAUAGGAAAAGGGUAAUUUAGUAACUUGAUUAAUGGACUGAUAUAACUUCCAUUGCUAUUGCAGUCAGCCAAUACUGUAAUCAUAAAGCAGUUUGCAUCCAUCACGUGGUGGAUUUUGCCAGCUGCAUUGCCGACACGCAGUACAAAAAUUGCUAGAAUUUCAAUCAAUAUACCGCACUCAGUGGCAAGCAUACACUGUAUAUAUUAUAUAUAAUAAUGGUAAAUUUGGGGAGGAGUUAAAGGAUUAUAUAAAUGCUGUUUAAGGAAAUAACAGAGUAAGUUUGUUUUUAAUUCAUCAGAUUAAAAUGUCCAAACUGAAAUAUUGUGUUGCAGAUAGAGUAAAGCAAACCAAUUUUGGUAUUUACAGUAUGAAAUAUAGACACUUCACAUUUUUGUAAUUUGCAAAUAGUCUGAAAAUGGUAAAGCAGUUGUUGAUGCUCUGAUGAACUAGUUACAGACAUUGUGCUUUCGUGUUUGGCUUUGUAAUUGUAUUGCCCAGCAAACAAAUGCCAUGCUUUUUUGUCACAAGCAUUCAGCGACACGUGAUCGAGAAAGCACUCUAAGGAAAUGUUGCUAUGUGUUGGUAUUUGUAAUUUGCUUUGUCAUAUAUGGAAUCAGUACAUACAGUAAGGAAGGAAAUUAUCAUAGCCUUGUAAAGAAUCUUUUAUAAUUCUUGCUAGGAGCAAUCACAACAGAAUGGUAACACUUGCUCAUUCUCAUGUUGACUGCAGAAAGAACCCAGUGACUCAUAUUGUGCUUGAAGGUCCUUGGUUGACUUUCACUGUUUGGCAACACAUCUUUUGAUCAGUUCUUCUAUUGCAUUUAUGGUGAUGUGCUUUACCUCACGUAGCUCAUUUGUCUGUUAAUCGGGAAUCAUAGAACAACAUUAAAGAUUGAUUCUAAAUCCUGCAAGAUACUUUACUGCGGAACAUGGAACUUAUCAUCAUCAUCAUCAUCAUCUACUACAGGUACACUGUAUGGAGCCAAAAGGCUGGGCUGCUGGCUCAAAUGGUUAUUCCUGUAUUUUUUAAAAAGUACCAAUGAUGACAGCAACGAAAGUAGACAACACUUCGCAGAUAUUUAUACUUCAAAUGUGUGUAACUGUUUAUUCAUACAUUACUUAUAAGUUGUUUAUUAAUUCAUUAUCUAUUGUACAGUCUGUCACUUUGAUGUAAGUAGGAAUCACAGGGCAUGUUUGUUACAAUUAAGCAGUAUCUAGGUAACCAAGGAGAUUAUGAAUGUAAAUGUGUGUAUGUGUGAAUAUGAAAAGUGCAUGUGUUUGAUAUUAUAGAAGAACAGAGGGUGUUGAAUAAUGGGGAAUAAUUGUCAGCUACAUAAUGAGUUUGAAAGGGAACAGUAAUAUCCAGAUGGUUAAGACUUUAGUAGGGAAGUGUAAAUUUUAAUCUGGUGUCCAUUUGUACAGGCAGUGCUUGUGAAACUGAACCUGAAAGUCACAGGAGUCAAAUUAAAGAACAGGAAUUUGUUUUUGACACAAACAGACAAACACAUGUUGAGGAUGUAUGCAUGUUCGCCUCAGUUUAUUGUGUCUAAACCACAGGUUUUGUUUUCUGCAGUUGUUGCCAAUUUAUAUACGGGUGUAAUAGUAGGUGUUCAUGUGAAAAAAUCUAUUCAGAAUGUGUGCUUAUGUGACCUUAUGAGGCCAUUAAUUAGUAGAGGUUUAUUCUGUGGGUUUGAAGGAACAUACCAAAAUGUGAUCAAAAUCAGAAAGAAAAGAAAAGGUAUUUAUCAUUGAUAAUUGUUAAUGUGAAAUCUCUUCAACUUCUCUAGCAUUUAGGUUGUUCUGAACAGGAAAAUGGGUUGCUGACAAUAAUGAUCACUGCUUGCAAGUCCCGUGACAGGAGAAAUCAAACAGCUUUAAUUGUUAGUAUCAAUCUUUUGAGUGGAAGUAGAAUGGUUGCAGCUAACUAGAUAUUCUUGAGGAUUUUUUCUAGGCUGAAGUGGUGUUUUUUUCUUUCUAUGUAUGAAUUGAGCUUUUUCUGUGUACUUAUUUAUAACAAUGUUUGUAUGUCUGUAAAAAUAUUUGUGGUUUGUAUCUAGAAGAAUUAGGGCUCAAGUUAUAUCGGAUGUUACUACUGAUGGUUCCCUAGUUUAACACAAAACCUUCAAGUUGUACCAGUGUACACUUCUAGCAUGGAUUUCUGUAUUAUGUGAAUUUAGAAAAACUUUUAAAAUCUAAGCCUUGAGUUAUUUAGGAACAGUUUUACAUUAGUAAAAGUUUGGACCCUGUCAUCUUAUUUGGGCUCAUUUUGAGAAGUUGAAUUUGCUGGUAACUAUUACUUCUAAAAUAGUACUAUAAAAAUACAUUUCACUGUUAACUAUUGCUAAUGCUGGCCAUGCAGUUUCUCCUUCAUUUACAUUGCCAAUGCUUGUAAAGUUAAUAUAAAAACAAUUAGAAUUUUUUCUCUCUGAAAUAUGUUUUUUCCAUUGUUAAUUGCACCAGCCUUUGGCCCUCUGAGUCUUUAGAGAAAGAAAUUCCAUAAUUGUCACUGUGUUAUGAAUGUGAAAGAAUUUAUUCAUUUCAGAAAUAUAAAUUUUCAUGAGUAAUGAAUAGUUCAUGUUUUAAAAUAAGGGAAAGUGUUAAAAUGUCUAAAUUCUCAUAACAAACUGUGAAAAGUAACAGUUCUGAGAAAUGAAUCUGAAACGUUUUCUUUGUUUAUGCACUGGCUUACAAGUUGAUUGCUAAUAGAGGGGUGAUAAUAAGUUUCAUUUAACUUGUGUAUACAGUAUUUGAAUACCUGUAGAUUAACCUAUUCCAUCCAUGUGUGUCCAUCCAGAGGACCCUUUGAAAAAUCCGGCCAGUUUAUUUUGCAUUAUGUACCCCACAAUUGAGAAAUGUCAUUGAAUGUUUUUGUGUUAUGUUGUACAGCUUUAUUUAUAAAUACAAUUAUAGUGAAGUGAUGGGAGAUUUUACAAGAAAAAACUGUCCUUAUAUUGUUACAGUUAUAAUAUAAUUCUGCAGUGGAGGUAGUGUAUGUAUGAGAUUGCAGAAUAGUGUCAUCUAAUUGUUAUCACUAAAAAGUAUGCGUUCCUCGAUACAGUCAUUAAAAAUAUGCUGUAUUCAAUAAUCAGUAAUUCCCAUUUGGGAAGUUAAUCUACUUCUGUUACUGAGCCAAUUUUGGAAAAGUAAUGGGUUGUGAUAUCUAACUCAUUUAGUUUAUACUUGCUCUGUGUUUUUCAGAUCUGGAGAUCAGAGAGAACUUUUUUCAGUGUCAUUAGGCAAUAACAUAGAACUGAUACAUUCCUCACUAUUGAGUUGAUCAUAAGAUUUGUGUGAUGUGGGUGACAUUAGUUAUAACUGUUUUGCAUUUAUAAUUCUGCACUAGAUGAGCUGUUCAGAAAAUGAAAUUGUUAUUUUGUGUGCAAGCCCAGUCCUUGGGUUCUGCUUGUGCUCAUUGUUUUCUGAACAGGUCUGUAAUGCACUAAUUGUGUCAAUUGUCUAGUCAAAACCAGCAGCAAGAUGCAGUAUGCUUCUGUGAGACACUGUCCCCAUACUAUUAACAUAUGACAUGCACUAUUUACCAUCUCGUGUAACAGUGUUGCUCGAAUUUUAUCCUCUUGAAAACCUAUGAUAAUUACGUUAGUUUACAGUGCUGUAAUUAGGGUUAGUGAAAUGUAGCAAGUGUUGACGUGGUGAUAGAGCUGAUGCAGUUGAUCAUAACUGUAGAAGUUCUACAAGAGUAGUCACAUAUGUUGACAAUGCAAGCUUAACAUAAGUAGCAUCCAUAUUUUACAAUCAUUUUUUCAGAGUUAAUUUUCAUGGAAAACAUUCUUUAGUGUUAAUUUUAAAUCAUUAUAUACAUAUGUAUUUUAUGUGCAUGUUUGUACAAUAGUCACAAUAGUAUAGGUCAUUCCAGUUUCCAUGUUGGGAAUUUUAAACCAAGCUUUAAUCUUGUAAAAAGACAACAAUGUAUUAUAGAGAUAUUGUAAGUUAUAUAAAUGACUGAUUCUGAUAGUAAUAAAAUACUUGACAAUUUA